CUCGCAUCUGAUGCACAGCUUUUUCACAGAUUAUAUUUAUCCCCUGAAACACUAAGUGUCGUACGUUACCGUCAUUAAAAUGUUUUGGAAGCAAUUGGACGCGUCUUCACGGAGGAACCCUUAAUCAUCGCACAGGAAAAGAGCAACAAAAGAGAUUGUUGAGUCAUGUCUACGAGAUCAAAGGAGAAGGUUGUAGCCGCUUUUCGGAAAAUUUUUAGACCGUCCGAAAAAAUUUCGGAACAGGAAGCGGCGAGCAGUUCGACAAGCUCUCCUUCGAGAAGGCUUCUGAGCCGGCAUCAUCGUCCCGAUGCAGUUACCCCAUCUGAUGGCGCGUUACCUGAGAAUUCAGGCGCCAGCAACUCAAACCAUGGAAGUUGCUUCUUUAAAUCCAAGAAAACCACUGGCAACUCGACUCAGGGUGCUGUUGUAAUACCAGACAAGAGGGUUCGUUUACGGCGACUAAUGAAGGAGCUCAGCGAGAUUCAGAGGACGCAGCACCGGCACGAGUCGACCUUCACCGCGGAGCUGGUGAAUGACAAUUUGUUCGAGUGGCACGUGAGACUGCACAAAAUCGAUCCAGAGAGUGCACUGGCGGCUGACAUGAUAGAGCUCAACAUACCUUACAUACUUCUCCAUAUCGUAUUCCCGGAAAAUUUUCCAUUCGCACCACCCUUUAUGCGCGUUAUUUCGCCUCGAAUCGAGAAAGGAUUCGUGAUGGAAGGCGGCGCUAUCUGUAUGGAGCUCCUUACACCCAGGGGGUGGGCUAGCGCGUACACCAUCGAAGCUGUCAUUACGCAAUUUGCCGCCAGCAUCGUUAAAGGACAGGAGGAAGCGGAGGGUAUCCGGGUCGCGUGGCAAGGAAACCAAAGGCAAACAAAGAAUUCAAUAGACGCUCCGCUGAAGAAUCCUUCAGAAGUCUAGUGAAGACCCAUGAGAAGUAUGGUUGGGUCACGCCACCGCUAGCCGAGGGUUGAUCCUUCGGACCGAGGCUGAAACACGAGAAACAUGAUUGUUAUUUAAAGAAGUGAACCGCUGCGUGCAGAGCUUUAUUGGUUUCAUUUCUUUCCCUUUCUGAACGUUCGUGAAAUCGCGUUAUAAUCGCAUUAAAAUUUCCGAUGCUUCUACAGCAAGCACGUUGUACAAUAGUUGAGAAAGGAAUGGAAAACGAUAGCAAGAACAAUAAGGAGUUCUAGAGUUCGUUAACGUGGUUGAAACAAUAGCGAUAAUGUUUGUGGUUGUUCGAUUAUAAAAACAUUAGUCGCUUUUGGGUAAGUGUCGCAUUUAAUUGAUCAAUAUGAAAUUCCUACGACAUUUAUUGUACAUACGAACAGUGAACAUUUCAGACAGACGAGCCUUUUUUUAAAUCUCUAGGUAGUGACCUAAAAAGUAAUAUAUAAAAAAUUCUGUUAAUGUGUUAUGAGAUUGAAUCUUUUUAUCUUUGUUUUUUUUUUUAUUUCAAGUUACAAAAUUAAUGCUAUUUAGUAAUGUUAUAAAUAUUCUGAAUUUUCUUUAUAAGAAUGGAACCACUAAGAUCAAGAAGAUACAGGAACUCGUUCAAAAAUAAUUAUGAAGAUAGAACUCAGUGGAUGUACGAUACAAAUUUGAUUAUGCUAUUAAUUGAUAUAAAUUACAUUAUGAGAAGAGAUGCAUACAUAUGUAAGAAUGUAAUACAAUGAUGGCAUAAAUCCAUAGAAACAGAUUUUCAGUACACAGGGUCUUAUACAAAAAGGUGUUACAAACUUUGAAUGGCUGAGUAUAUUAGUUGGCUUAUGAAUUUUCACAGUGCAACUUUUGAGGCUUAUCGUUUUUUUUUUAAAUAAGACAACUGUUUUACAAUUUUACUAGUUUUAUUUUGGUGAGACGCGCUCGCACUUACCAAGACCAUUAUCAAUAUGAACUAUUUUAACAGUUAAUUAAUACUCCAUUUGUCGAUAAACAGUACGUUAUUUUAAUAUGGAUAAAAAUGUCAUGGGAGAUACUUGGCUAAAAUAUAGUCUGAUCAGAGUUAGAAGUAAUUUUCAAUUUCAGCAAUAGAACUAAUGCUAUAAUAUUUUAAAGUAAAUAAAUUAAUUAACAAUUGCAUUUAGUUAAUACUGUUACCAAUAAUUAUUAUUGUAUUAAUUUUGCAUGUAUAAGUUAUAUAAUUAGAACAAAAUCAAGAAUUUUUGAAAGUGUAUGCAAAGCAUGUAUGGAAACGGAAGAAUAUAUAGAAUAUUUUUGUAGACAUUAGGAAGUUACAGCACAAUAAUUUUGUGUUUAAAAAUCAUAUAUGUGACGACUGAAAGCAAACAAGUUACUUAUGUUACUAUAAACCAAAUGUCGUUUUUAACCCUACCUACAUAGUUUUUAUAAAUUAUUACAGACUAAGUAUAUCUAAUUUAAUUUGAUGAAUAGUAUAUGUUAUCAAAGUCUGUAAACCUUUCUUUUUAAAACUCAGUAAAAAAUGAAAGAUGUAAUCUUUGAAUGUAGCAUUUCACUUAUUUCUUAAAACUUGUCAACAUCUUGUUAGAUCUAAUGUCAUGGAGUUCACAAUACAUUUUUAUAUUAUGAUAGUUUUCAAGGAGAGUAAGAUUAAUUUUAUCCCUUGUUCUACAAGCAACAAUUAACAUGUUUGAAAUGCAACAAAAUGUGAAAUGUAGUAUAAUUUACAGUUUCCUGAAAUUACAGUUAUAUUACCUCAUUUGUAUUAAUACAUAAAAUAUUCUGUAUUUAUUAUAUAGUACUGAAAAUAUAUAUUGCCGUUUUCAUUUGA